CUGUUACUCACGGCUGGCCGCGUGCAAUUUUUUUUGGCAGCUAACAAUAAAGUAAUCGCAGCCCGCGCGAAGUUACCAAAAAUCUUGCGAUUACAUACAUUUUGCCACGAAACUGUGCAAACUGUUCGCAAUUAAAGAAAAUUUUGUGUGGUGCUUUAUACUGUCGUUAUUCGUUGGUGUUGUGGCAUUUAGAAUAUGAGUGAUACGCGUGAACAGAUUUUGGAACAAAUUAAAGUACAAGGCGAUCUCGUGCGUCAACUGAAAGCGACGAAGGAGUCCAAAGAGAAGCUGCCGCUGGCGCCAUCUAGCGAGGGCCGUGCGAUAUCAACAAGCGUUGGACAACAAUUGAAAGCACAACAACAACAACAAUUACAAGAACAGCAACAACAACAACAACAAAUGCAUAAGAUCGAUGAGGAGGUAUCACGUCUGCUGGCCCUAAAGGCCAAACUGGGCGGCGAUGCGACACCGGCCAACCAGAAGUUCACGCUAAAAACGCCAAAGGGCACGCGCGACUAUGCGCCACAGCAGAUGACGCUGCGCCAAGGUGUGCUGGACAAGAUUGUGCAGGUGUUUAAGCGUCACGGCGGCGAGGCUAUUGACACACCCGUCUUUGAGCUGAAGGAAGUAUUAACAGGCAAAUAUGGCGAGGACUCAAAACUGAUUUACGAUCUGAAAGAUCAAGGCGGCGAAAUCUUAUCAAUGCGCUAUGACCUGACCGUGCCGCUGGCACGCUAUCUGGCCAUGAACAAGAUCUCCAGCAUUAAGCGUUAUCACAUCGCCAAGGUCUAUCGCCGUGAUAAUCCCGCCAUGACCCGCGGUCGCUAUCGCGAAUUCUAUCAAUGUGAUUUCGAUAUUGCCGGCACCUACGAUCCGAUGCUGGCGGAUGCCGAGUGCGUCAAAAUUGUUGCCGAAGUGCUGGAUACUUUAGACAUUGGUGAUUAUGUGAUCAAGCUGAAUCAUCGCCAACUAUUGGACGGCAUGUUUGAAGCGUGCGGUGUGCCGGCGAACAACUUCCGUGCGAUCUGCUCGGCUGUGGACAAGCUGGACAAGUCACCGUGGGCGGAUGUGCGCAAGGAAAUGGUGGAUGAGAAGGGUCUCGAUGGCGCCACAGCUGACAAGAUUGGCGAGUAUGUGCGCCUGAGCGGCGGCGCCGAGCUCGUUGAGCAGCUGCUGGCGGAUGAGAAGCUAAAGGCUGUGCCCAAUGCCGUCAAAGGGCUCGAGGGUAUGCAGCUCCUGCUGAAAUACUGUUCACUUUUCGGACUGGAGGAACGCAUCAGCUUUGAUUUGAGUUUGGCGCGCGGCCUCGACUACUACACGGGCGUCAUCUACGAGGGCGUGCUGAAGGCAGAGCCCAGCGCUCCAGCCUCACCAGCUAAAGAGCUCCAUAAUGGGGAUCAGGCGUUGGAGCAAAGCAGCACUGUUGGCUCGGUGGCAGGUGGCGGACGAUAUGACAAUCUGGUUGGCAUGUUCGAUCCGCGUGGCAAGGCUGUGCCCUGUGUGGGCGUCUCCAUUGGCGUGGAGCGCAUCUUCUCAGUGCUCGAAGCCAAAUUCGCGGCCAGCAAGGUGAAGUUGCGCACCAACGAUGUGGAGGUGUAUGUGGCCUCUGCCCACAAGGGUCUGCACGAGCAGCGUCUGCGUGUGCUCAACCAGCUGUGGAAUGCGGGCAUCAAGGCGGAGCACUCUUACAAGCUAAAUCCGAAGCUAUUGGUCCAGUUGCAGCACUGCGAGGAGCAUCAAAUACCCUUGGCCAUUAUCUUGGGCGACGCCGAGCUGGCCCAGGGCAUUGUCAAGCUGCGCGAGGUGACGACACGGCAGGAGUCCAAUGUGAAUCUAGCGGAUCUGCCCAACGAGAUUCGUCGCCGACUCCAAAAAUAGACUAGAAACCAUCCUCGCCUCUCUGGCCAACUCACGCAAAGUUUCGAUACUACAAUUACAUCGCUAUGAAUUUUUUUU